UUCAUCUGGAUUUCAGUUGCUAACAAUCAUAAAUUUAUCCGUACAAAAUAUGAAUUAAAUGCAUUUAAAUCAUUUAAAAAAAUCGUUUGUGACUUGACUUUAGCUGUUUUGUAUCAAAAUUGCAGAUGAGAAGAGGAGACGUUCGUGGGUGAUUUUAGAUAAUUCUCGGCUGAAUAUUUUUUCUGUUCGCUUUCAUAUUAAAAAUGGUCGAUUCAAAAAAUGUGGACGUCGAAAAUACAAAAUCCACAUUUCCGCCAACACGUUUGAGCAUCGCCUUUAUGUUAUUUGCCACAUCAUUUGUGGGCUAUGUUGUACGUGUAAAUCUGUCUAUCAUUAUUAUUGGAAUGGUGCGAACACAGCCGAUUGAAAAUCAAACGGAACUACAAAAUAUAAAAUAUGAUAUGCCGGAUUAUGGCCCCAGAUACAAUUGGACAAUUUCGCAGCAAUAUCUUCUGUUGAGCGCUUUUUUCUAUGGAUUAAUGGGAACACAGUUGAUUGGCGGAUUUUUGAAUCAAUUGCUGGGUCCACGGUUUGUGAUUGGAGCUUGUCUUGGAUUGAGUGCCAUUGCAACUGCCUUUAUCCCAUUAGCAGCUGAAUUAUUCUCAUUUUGGGCCGUUUUUGGUGUUCGCCUCUUUCUCGGUGCAUUGGCGGGCAUUUUGAGUCCUGGCAUGAGUUUUUGUAUAGCUAAAUGGAGUCCACCACAGGAGAAAGGAAAGUUUGUAUUUACUAUGAUUGGCGGUACUUUGGGUACAGUAGUGACAUGGCCGUUUGUCGCAUUUUUGAUGACACACUUUGGGUGGGUGUACGCUUUUUACGUGCCAGCAACAAUUGUUUUAUUUACGACAAUUCUUUGGUUCUACGUCGUAUACAAUUCACCGUACGAACAUCCACGAAUCAGUGAACAAGAAUUGAAAUACAUUGAAGCAUCACAAGGAAACACUGUUUCGCGUGUACAAAGAGGAUUGCCACCAAUUCGUUGUAUUCUAAAAUCGGUACCAUUUUGGGCGCUUUUCUUUUUACAAUUCAGUCACAUGUGGUCAUUUUUCUUUCUAAUAAUCGCUGCACCAAAGUACCUAAAUGAGGUAUUAAAAUUCGAUUUAACACAAUCUGGACUCUUGGCCAGUUUACCGUAUUUGAGUCGUUUCAUUUGCGGUUUUGUCUUUGGAGCCAUAUCUGACUACAUGAUUAAACACGAACUUCUAACAGUGACGCAAGUUCGGAAAUUCUUUAGUGUAUUUUCGCAUAUAUUGCCCGGUUUAUUGAUGUAUGGAUUACGUUUUGUCAGCGAUAGUCCAAUAAAUUGUGUGAUUGUUAUUACGGUAGCAUUGGGUUUGAAUGGUGCUUCAACGUGCGUAAAUCUCGCCAACUCUUUAGACUUGGCACCGAACUAUGCGGCAGCCGUUUCAGCGAUCAUAAACACAUUUACAACAGCAACGGGAAUUAUUGCACCGAUGGUUGUUACAUAUUUUACACGCGAAAAUAAUACCGUGAACGAAUGGAAUCAAAUAUUUCUCAUUUCAGCCACAUUGUAUGUGUCGUCAGCCAUUGUAUUCAUGGCCUUUGGCAGUGGGAAAGUGCAAGAUUGGAAUGAUGACACAUAUAAAAUCAAACGAGAUGCCAAACGAAAAUUACGUCAAUCAAACGAAAGUCACUUUUAAAUUAUCCAUAAUGAAUGCAAUGUAAUUGUAUAAAAUGUGUAAUUUUGAAAAUAAAUCAUAAUUAUUUUGCUAUUGUGAA